GUCAUGAAUGCAAUCUGAUGUUUUUGUAGUUUGUCUAGUUCAAAGGGUUUAGAUUUGAUAAUUUUCAUCUUCACAAGAGCUUUUACAGAUUUGCUGAUUUACGCAUCGUUUUGUAAGACUAAUUAAAUAAUGAGAGAUCACUAAAUGAUAAUUAGUUGUAAAGACGAUACAGUUCAUGGGAUAAACAAUAUCCCAUACUUAACGUCUUGAUGACACAUGAAUCGGACGACCGUAACUAGCAGGAGGUGGACUCAUUCGAACAAGACGUUCGACUCUCAUAGGCGGUGGUGAAUGAAAUCUAUAGGAUGAGGCAGGAUAGGCUGCUCGGCGAGGAGAAAGGGAGCGACGUGAUGGCCGGCGAGGUGAACGUUCUCGAGUACUGGGAGGGUGAGAUGGUUCCAGCCUUCGGUCUAAAAUUCGCGGAGACCGGCGAUCGAUGCGACCACGUGGCUCCAAUGGCAUGCGUUCUGGAUACCUCUCAGGCUCGCCAUGAGCGCCCAGACGACUCUCAAAACUUGAAUGUGGAGGGAGAGGCUCAGGAUGACGAGGAGGAUAACGAGCCGCUCGACUUUCAUAAGGAUCUCGAGGUGGAGUUAAGUGAGCAUGAGAGGUAGGCCGAGGAGCUCGUGAAUGAUACUCGUGACGAAGAUGAUCAUCAUACUUUGGAGGAAAGGAAGCGGCCGAUGCUGAAGGUGGAAUAUACACCUCUCGAGCGUGGCUACUGAUAGGCAAACCCCGUGGAUCAAUACGUUCUCUGAAAUCGCUAGAUGGCGGUUCUGCUCGGUAGCGGUCAUCGUCCCGCCGGUC